AUGGUGUACACGUUGAAGACCUCGCUGCUCUCGAGCGUCGCUCGUAGCAGCAUCUCAAGGCAGCUAUUCUCGGUCAAUACCGUGAAUGCCACAAAUGCAGCUUCACAGACCGCCGCCACCGGUUCUUCUGCCUUCGGGCAGCAAAUUGCCAGCCGUGGCCCCAUAAAGUUCCAGAUUUUCGCAAAACAGUUCCAUCCAUCUAGUGGUGGCAAUGGAGGCCCUUCGCAGGCUGGAUCCGGUGCCAAUGGCGGUCAGGGACCCCUUGCGCACACGAGUGUGGAAGAUGGCAGGCGUGAACGUGAGUUGUUCGCGCACAGACAGCAGAGAAGUUUGUUGACACCUAAGCCACGGACGUACUCUGCUACGUUGGCUCGUGCCUAUUCGACUGAGGCUGUUGCUGCCGACCAUGCUGCAGCAGGUGUUGCAAUUGACACAACCUCGGUAUCCUCGUCGCCUAAGGAACUCUCGGAGACGGACGCAAAAGAAUUGGAGGAACGUAUUGAGCGUCUUAUUAAGCUGAGACUCGAAGAUGUUAUCUCGGAGUACGACAAUAUGAUUUCAGAAGGCCUUCCUAUGAACACCGCUAUCUUCAACGUUGUCAUCAAAUCUGCUCGAUCUAUGAUGAGCCCCAAUCUCUAUCCACACAAGAAGGAAGCUUUCGAUCGCCGGGGUCAGCAGUAUUUCGGGAAGGUCAUGGAUAUCUACAGCGAAAUGCUCGAGCGUCAGGUGCUGCCGGACGCCGUGACAUAUGAGAAUAUUAUCGGCACCCUUCUCAUCAAGCAUAAAAGCAACAGAGCCGUGUGCGAAGACUUUGCCUCUGAGAAUGCCGUUCCGUGGUUAGAGACAGACAAAACGGAACGAUUGCCGUUCGUCAACGACGAAUUGUUGUCUGAAUUGAAGGAUGAGGAUUGUCUCAACGUCGCCUUUGAACUCUUCACAGUCUCAACCAGCGCUAACAUUCAGUACACCACUAAGGGCUUCAACCAACUUAUAGAUUCUUUUGCACAAGAGGGACAAGUGGACCGGACCUUGAUGGUUCUGGAGCAGAUGGAAAAUGCUAAUGUGAAACCCGGGCCCAACACGUUGAUCAGUCUUAUCACUGCUUUCGGCACUGCCAAGGACAUGCGCUCAGCUGUCGAGUGCUUCAAUGAGUACAAGAAGGACGCACAUAAAUCUGGGAAACCCGAAGCAAACACUCCGUCAACUGAUCAGAUCAGUGCCUCUGAAGGACGCGUCUACGGUGCCCUUGUCCAGGCGUACUGCAAAGCUGGCAAUCCCGCGGGAGCGAUCAAGUUCUUCGAAAAGUUGCCCAAGAUGUCGUGGUACGUCCCGGUCUUAUAUGGGCUCAUCGACGCUCUUUGCGAUAGUGAUUAUCGUGUUGCUACGCGUUGGUUAGCCGGAGACCGGCGGAACUUGAAAGUUGGACAUGAACACGAUGAUUACUUCAUCCAGUCAAUCAUGUGUGCUGCUGCCAAACAGAAGGAUGUGGAAGGCGUGAAGAAGGCCCUCGACUUGCUGCCCCCCGAUACUUUCGGGAAGCUCCGCAGCGUUGGCAAUGACUUCGCUAGCCGCGUAGACCUUACUCCGUUCUAUGCUGCGUGCACUUCUGUUGACCGCUUGGAUAUCCUCCUUGAUGCACACAUUGAGCUGCUGGAUAAGACUUACCCGCACUUCGGCGAGACUUUCAAAAAGCUUCUCACAUAUCUUGCAACUAGCGACAAGCAGAAACACCUGUUUGAAAAGACCUUAUUGUUCUUGUCGAAAUGGUCGAAAGCGAGUCCUGUGCGCAUGAGGACGCGGGUUGAGGUGACAAUGCACUUCGUAGACGGCUUGUGUGAGGUCAAAAAUGUUGAAGCUUUAAUGAGGGUCUUAGGUAGCGAGUUCCUGGAUAGAACGAGUCCAGACGGCUUAAAGCCGAUCCCCUUCGACACAGCUGUGCGUAUCGCACGAGUGGCUUCUGAAGCGAUCGAUGCUGGGACGCUGGAUCUCCGGAGCCUCAGUGUGAAGUCUCUGUCGAAUCUGACGCUGGCCUUCAUCGACCCCGCCGUCAACGCUCUUGCCCCCCAACUUUUCUCUGAAGCCGACGUGACAAAGUUCAGACAGCUACUGGUUGACUUUGGAAAGUUCAUUGUGCGUGCGCGUCCUGCUAUGGACCAGGAUGUGUCCGAAAGACUUAUUGGCAGCGUGAAGUGGCUCGGUAAGAACGCCGAUGUUACCCUUCCUGAGGAGCUCGUCGGCGAAUUGGAGACUCUAUACCCAUCCUUGCGUCAGGAACGGGAGAAGAACUUACGUGAGCGUCCCCGCGACAGGGCGUCUAAAGUCAUUCGACCGCCGGAAGAUCUAGAUGAAUGUUCUAGCAUUGAGGCCGUGUUAGAAUGGUACCGUAACGGUAUUGCUAGCCUGGAAUCUCUGCCUGAAAACGCUCGCAAAACUGGCAGUAUUGAAUGGGACCUCUUCCUGCUUCGACAGUACAUCAGGUACAAGAAGAUUACGGAGGCUUUGGAAGUGAAGAACAACCUGUACGGAGCAGGGUUCAUUCCCGAUCAGGGGACACUGGCCAAGCUCGUUCUUAGCCUGCAGGCUUCGGAGACGAGAGACGAGGCGUCGCUGGCAAUGGAAAUUUACGACGAAUUCAACGCCAAAGGUGGUGUUCUCAGGAGUACAUUCUUCCUUAAUGUCGUUCUUGCAAAGCUUGCGAAGGCGCGUCGGGUGGGGGAUCUUACGCGGGUUUUGGGCGAUGCCAGGGCGGCCAGUUUCAAAAAGCAACUGGCGUUUUCAGAAAUCACUUAUGGAACAUUAAUCAAUGGGUACGCUCGUUGUGGUGAUGAGCAUACCAUGCUGAACCUGUUCACCGAAAUGCUCGAGGCCAAGAGUUCCGGACGACUGAGAGGAGACCGACAGCACGCGUACAAUUCUGUCAUGAUACACUACCUUCGGGUCAACCCAAAUCGAGAGAAGCUUUUGUGGGCCUAUGAAACAAUGAGAAAGCAUUCUUUCUUGCUCACCUCUGUCACUUGGAACUUGUUGCUUCAGUCGUGGAUUUUCAUUGAACCUGUUGUUCCGGAGCAAGCUUUGGCUGUUAUCGACACGAUGCGUUCUUCUGGGGUCCCAAUUGAGAGUACACAUCACGCCUCCCUUAUUGAAAUGUAUGGCUGCGUUCUUCACAAUUUUGAAGCUGCUGAGCGUUACUUCAAUCAGGAGGUACCAGAUGAGUUGAAGGACGCCCUGGUCUACCAGAGUUUGCUCAAGUGUUACGUUGCGAACCACAACAUCGUGGAAACGUUGCAUGUUCUCAACGACAUGGAAAAGCGCGGGGUCCAGCUCAAUGCCUACAUGGCAAACUACCUCAUUAAGGGAUGGGCUAACAUUGGCGACAUCAAGAUGGCCAAGGCAGUCUUCCAGUCGCUUGAUAAGAAUGUCAAGGGAAUAUAUGGUCGUGAGCCCUCGACCUACGAGCAAAUGGUGCGUGCAUUUGUUAGUGCCGGCGCCCGUGAUGAGGCCGAAGCGUGCGUUGAAGAGAUGAAAGAGCUUCGCUACCCUGCUGCUGUUAUCAGCAACGUCGCUUGGAUUCUCAAUGGUGGCGAGCGUCCUGCCGAUCUCCAGGAAUCAACAGAACAACCUCAGGCUCUCUCUUAA